UAACUUGAUAUAAGUUAAGUUAUAGUUUUAAAUUUUAUAUCAAUGUUCUCUGGUCUAUUUAGAUCUAUUACAAUUUUUAAUUUAAUUUAGCCACACCUUACCUACAUGUAUUUUUGCCACCCAAGCUUCUCCCACGACACCCAAGAGCACGACUAUGUCUCUCAUAGUACUUGCUUUCCUUCUCCAGCUCUCUUUCUUUCUUGCUCAUUCUUAUUCCAGCGGUCCACCUGCUGGCGUUUGUAACUCUCUCGUUCCUGGCCACUCUUCUUCAACGGGUGGGCCAAAUCCAGGUGGCUUCUACAUUUUCUCUGAUCUGAUCGACAAUGGUGGCGACUACAAUGCCAGCCAGUCCUACACUAUUCGCUUGGCAGGUAGCCGCCAGUUCAAAGGGUUGAUGAUUCAAGCCAGGGAGGCUGGCACCACAAAUUUAAUUGGCAGUUUUUCUAAUUUACCUUCUGGGACUAAAACACUAACCUGUGGUUCUUCUUCAUCAGCUACGGUCACACAUUCAAAUUCUAAUUUAAAGAGCAGCGUCACUGUAACAUGGACUGCUCCAGCAACUGCUGGCAUGCUUGAAAUCAGGUAUACUGUGGUUGUAAGGAAUGAUGGCACUAGUAUAUACUAUGCAGACAUGAACGCUGAUGAUUUCAGACCUGGUAGCACUGAGACAUGUCCAAUGACUGAUAGGUCUCCUUCUUCUGCCUUUCCAAUUAUAAUCAAACUGCCUUCAGGCUGUGAUAGGACGUCCUGUAGCUUCUAUUGGGCAAUGGGUCCUAAUUCAGUCAAUUCACAAUAUCUUGAUGUAUAUAUGGAGGGAACUGUUGAUGGAUGGAUGGCUGUUGGAUUCUCUCUUGAUCAAUCAAUGGGUAUGGAUGAUGUGUUGGGAUGUAAAAUAGAGAAUAAUGCUGUUACUGUAUUGGAUACAUGGAAUCCUAAUGGAUACACUCCUAAUGUAGCUGACAGUAACUCAUCUGCUGGUAUAUGUACUCACUCUACCAGUUAUACCAAUGGGAGGAUGUCCUGUCUAUUCAGUCGUUAUGCUGGUAUAAUGAAUCAAGGACAAGAUUACAAUCUUGAUUCAUCUUACUACAUAAUAUCAGCUUAUAGGACUGAUAGUCAGACUGUCUCAUCUUCCCUUGCUAAACACAGCAAUACUCCUUCCAUUAGUCCUAGUCGAUACAAUCCAAUGACAGAUACAUACCAAGAGAUGCCUACUAGCGUCUGUCCUAGUGCACCACCGUCAGAUGCUACUUAUCCAUUCCGUGUUGGUAAUCCUGGAGAUGAUUAUUAUUUUGCUGCUCGUUUCAGUGAUAAUAGCAGUUUCAUUGAUAUGCGGUUGGAGGGUAAAGCUGAUGGAUGGAUUGCUGUUGGAUUCACUAGAACAAGAAGAAUGUUUGAUUCUGAUGUGUUGGCUUGUAAAAGAGAUUCAAACAGUGACACAGUGUCAGUUAUUGAUACAUGGAACCCUGGCUCUUAUAGCAAUCUAUUGGACCCCAGUCAAUCAGGAAUCUGUCAGCAUACUACACAGUACAGGAAUGGAAGAAUCAGUUGCACUUUCAGUCGGUAUAUUGGUGUUAUUGAUAAUGGAAGAGAUCUGGAUCUUAAUGAUACUCUUUAUCGUAUAUACAGUGCUUAUAGCAGCUUAAGAGGUCCAGCCACAUCAGGUCUACAGGAACACCACAUCCCUCCAACAUUUUCAAGAGCUCAGACUAACUUACUAACUGAUAUUAGAGAAGGAAGGACUGAAGGUGUUGAUACUUGGCCUAAACAACAACUACUGAAAACACAUGGUACUUUCAUGACUAUUGCAUGGCUGGUAUUAGCUAUGUCGGGUGCCUUCUUUGCUGCCUGGAUGAAACCAGUACUGCCUAAUGGAGAAUGGUUCAUAGCUCAUCGGAUACUAAUGGUUGGAUCACUCAUUGUUGGUCUACUAGGAUUCAUACUACCAUUCAUUGCACAUGCUAGGAGUCCUACCCCUGGGCUUAUCAGCUUCUCACCUGAUGGUAAGAAUACAGCUCAUUUUAUUAUUGGAUUUAUCAUUAUGGCCCUUCACAUUGCUAAUCCCAUCAUUGCACUGUUUCGUUGUCAUCCAAAAGGAGAAAAACGUUGGGUAUUUAACCUCACUCAUGCUCACAUAAUCGGAUACACAUCACUUUGCUUGUCACUUAUCAAUAUUGCUCUUGGGGCCCACCUCCUUGAUAGAGGCAGCUUUGAAGUGGCUGGCUUCUACAUUGUCUUUAUUAUCCUCCUCACAUUGUUCCAAGUGUUCCUAUUCAUCAUUCAUGCUUACAAUGCACGCAAAGCCCCAGAGAAAGAUCGUCCUUCAUUGGUUCACAGUCUGCUCAAGUACAAAUAUCUCUUUGGAGCUAAGGAUGAAAAUGAAGUCAUACAAAUGGACGCAGUGAAAGAUGGUGAAAAGAAAGAGCCUGAGAAACCAGAAAAGAAGAAACCUCUUGAGAGUGCGCUGGUUCGUACCAGUUGGGUAACAGUUGCUGUCCAUUUGACUGCUAUUGCUAUUGCAGUAGUGGUCAUGAUUAUACUGAUUGCAAUUAAUUAAAAAAAAGACUUUUCAGACAUAGUUUAUAGUUGUUAUAGCUUUAGGAACAUUAAUUGUUUUGUUGCUUUAUUUUGCAUUGUCAGCUCAAGUUGUGUAAGACUUACUAUAAUAAGUAUAUCAUUUUUAAAACAGUUGUUAUUAAUGAGACUAUA